CUGAAUACACCUGGAACAAAUAUCUGUCAUGCUACACACCCCUUCAAGAACUGGCUGUGAAAUGAAAUAAAAAAAUCUGCUGUUAGUGAAAGAUUUAAACUCCUAUAUUCCAGACACUCCUGCACUAAUAUGAAUGCAAAGAAAAUUGCCUCCAGAGCUUGCACUUCACUGCAUCUUAUCUCUGGCAUGUCAUGCCAGUGGUUUGAUGCAUUUUAUACAUAAUAUUACCCCUAUGAAAAUGGUGCAAGGAAAUUUUGUUGACACUUGCAAAAUCAGCACACUGCCUGCAUUGUAUGCCUCUUAAGAAACACUAAAAGUAAGUAGACAUACGUUUGUGUGUGAGCUUCAAGUGUGCAAAAGCCAACCCCACCCAUAAAACAUUAUAUAAGUGCAAAGAUAAAUGUGCAGGGAUCCCUUGUACUGCUGUGCAGAUUGUCUAACAGCCCAUUUUAUAACAGGCAGGCUAGAAUGUAGCUGUGAGCUUCAAACUCCUAUGUGGCAUCACACCCUCUGUCUGUCCCCCGCCCUGGUAUGGCACAGUAUAACUGGGCUAAACUGAGUUUAUCUUGUACAGACUGCAGCCAGGAAGCACAGAUAUCAUGUCUACAGCUGGGAAAGUGCAAAUAAAAUUACCUUGGCUACCAAUAUUGGUGCAAAUUGGCAUUUGUUUUGGUAAAUCGUUACAGGUAGCAGGCCUUAAAUUGUGUGUUGGAAUGCCACCCCUUCUGGCGUUAGCCUUUAAUAACAGAGUUAAUAACAAUUCAUAAGGUGAUUAAGUGCACAGCAGCCGUGGUCUGGGAGCCUGGCCAACCCUUCAGCAUCGAGGACAUUGAAGUUGCUCCUCCAAAGGCUCAUGAAGUUCGAGUGAAGAUUGUUGCAUCUGGAGUAUGCCAUACAGAUUACCAUGUCAUGAGUGGAUCAGUAGAUAAUAUCAAGUACCCAUUGAUUCUGGGGCAUGAAGGUGCUGGUAUAGUGGAAAGUGUGGGAGAAGGAGUAAAAAAAGUAAAACCAGGAGACAAAGUCAUUCCUCUGUCGCUUCCCCAGUGUGGAAAAUGCCUUUUAUGUUUAAAUCCCAAGAGCAACAUAUGCGAAAAAUCUGAUUUUGGAAAAUAUUCUGGACUCAUGUUGGACAACACCAGUAGAUUUACAUGCAAGGGGAAGCUGAUUUACCACUUUGUAAGAACCAGCACCUUUACUGAAUACACUGUCUUGGAUGAGAUAUCCGUUGCUAAGAUUGAUGACAAUGCUCCUCUCGAUAAAGUGUGUUUAAUCAGUUGUGGAUUUUCCACUGGUUACGGCUCUGCUGUGAAGAUUGCUAAGGUUGAGCCGGGAUCCACAUGUGCUGUGUUUGGCCUGGGUGGUGUUGGCCUGUCUGGAAUUAUUGGCUGUAAGGCAGCUGGUGCUUCUAGAAUAAUUGGAGUGGACACAAACAGCAAAAAGUUUACAGCAGCCAAAAAUGUAGGAGCCACUGAAUGCAUCAAUCCAAAUGAUUAUAAGGAACCAGUCCAUGAAGUGCUGACAAAGAUGACUGGGCUGGGAACAGACUACUCACUUGAGUUUGUGGGAGAUACCAAUGUUAUGUUGUCUGCUCUUCUGUCCACCAACUUUGCAUCUGGAACAACAGUUAUUGUUGGCUUAGCUCAUUAUACAGCAAAGAUGAACUUCAAUCCAAUGGUGCUGCUCACAGGACGCACUUUGAAAGGAGGCUUACUUGGAGGAUGUAAAAGCAAAGAUAUCCCAAAACUGGUUUCUGAUUUAAUGGCAAAGAAAUUUGACCUUGACGGACUGAUAACUCACAAGAUGCCACUUGCAAAAAUCAAUGAAGCCUAUGAUGUCCUGACCAAAGGAGAAAGCCUUCGUACUAUUUUGAUGAUGAGUUCGUGUGAAUGAUGAUGAUGAGUUCGUCUGUUGAAAUCAACUCAGAAACAACCUGGAUUAUAUACUAUAAAUACAGAUAAUAUUAGUCCAGUUUCAUUUGCUAAUGGCUAAAUAGAAAAAAAAUUCCUGCUUUUUGUGAUUUUACUCACAUUGCACCUUGAACUGGUCCCAGUGAGACAACAAGUUCCUGUAUAAAAAAUCAUCAUCAUUGCAGAACUUGAGCUCCAUCUUCCUCCAGGCUGAACGGUGACCCCAUACAAGUCUUAUACUGCAAGUUCAGCAUUUGCAUUUCAUAGAAGACUCUGUAUGUGAGUGUCACUAUAGAAAACUGCAAUUUACUCUUCUAACAGCUGGUGUAUCUGUAAUCUGCAAAAAAAACACAAGGCCAUAGAGUUUGCUGGUCUUUGGUCAUUACUGUUCAGAGCUGCUGGCAUAUUUGGGUCAUUGGUUGCCUAUGUGUCUGCUUUAAUAAAGGAUGGAUACAAAAUUUA